AAUAUGUAAACGCAGCUUAGGACGCAGACGCCGCCGUCGUUGACAAUGUUAUGAGGCAUGUAUACUGUGUUAAUGAGAAUGAUGUGGUUAAAUGACCACUGAAUGAUGGACCGAACUAAUCCACGUGCAAUGCCUCACAGCUAGCAGCUGCUGGACAGCCUAGCCGAUCACUUCCAGUUUCGGACACGCACAUGUUCACCGGUGCUAAAGCGUCUGCGUUCGUGUCAUGGGCUCCUUAGUACACGUAAUAUUAUUAUUGUCAUGUAUGAUCAUUCCUCACGUUUCAUCCGAAAAAUUCAGCGACCGCAAACUGGGAAUUUACAGGAGUCAUGUGCUGGAGAUGUUCCAGCACGCGUACGACGGCUACAUGAAGUACGCCUACCCUUACGACGAACUUCGACCACUUUCCUGCGACGGCAUUGACACUUGGGGCAGUUUUUCACUCACACUCAUCGAUGCACUUGACACGUUGGCUGUUAUGGGCAACUACACGGAGUUCCGAAAGGUGGCGGCAAUGAUCGCAGAAAAUAUUAAUUUCAACAUCAACAUCAAUGUUUCGGUCUUUGAGACCAACAUUCGAGUUGUUGGUGGCCUGCUUUCUGCACAUCUACUGUACCGAAAAGCUCAAAUGCCUCUCGAGCCAGGCUGGCCCUGCUCGGGACCUCUGUUGCGCCUUGCCGAGGAUGUGGCCACACGACUGCUUCCAGCUUUUGACACGAAGACUGGCAUGCCAUAUGGUACAGUCAACCUAAUGAACGGAGUACCACUGGGAGAGACCAGUAUCACGUGCACAGCUGGCGUGGGGACCUUUUUGAUCGAGUUUGCCACCCUCAGCCGGCUAACAGGCAAUCCGGUCUUCGAACAGGUGGCUCUGCGAGCCUUGCGAGCUCUUUGGAAAGCCCGGACAUCCAUAGGCCUGGUUGGCAACCACAUUGAUGUUCAGCUUGGCAUCUGGACUGCUACAGAUUCUGGCAUAGGAGCUGGCGUAGAUUCUUAUUACGAGUACCUGGUCAAAGGUGCCAUCAUGCUGCAGAGGCCCGAACUUAUGCGCAUGUUCAAAGAGUAUGAGAAAACGAUAAGCAAGUAUAUGAAACGUGAUGAUUGGUACUUCUGGGUGGAAAAUUCUUCCGGCAAAGUAACCAUGCCAGUAUUCCAAAGCCUCGAGGCAUUUUGGCCAGGUUUGUUGACUCUAAUAGGUGAUUUGGACAAUGCACGCAAGUCACUAUAUAACUACCACCAGAUAUGGAGGGAGUAUGGUUUCACUCCCGAAUUUUACGAAGUGGUGCACGGAAGAGCUCACCCAAAGCGAGAUGGCUACCCACUUAGGCCAGAACUUGUCGAGAGCCUAGUCUAUCUGUACCAAGCCACAAAGGAUCCACAUUUCCUGGAAAUUGGUGUCGACAUCCUUGAAUCAAUCAGGCACAGCGCCAAGACAGAAUGUGGUUAUGCAACAAUAAAGAAGGUCGGAGACCAUACUCUUGAAGACCGAAUGGAGUCCUUCUUUUUGGCUGAAACGACCAAGUAUCUCUACCUCCUCUUCACUCCCGAUCACUUCAUCCACAACAAUGGCAGUUCUGCCGACAUUAUACAGACAUCAUCGGGAGAGUGCAUCAUAGACACGGGAGCCUACAUAUUCAACACUGAGGCUCACCCUGUUGAUGUGGCGGCGGUUCAUUGUUGCAGCGUAGACAAGGCUUUGGAGGACCAAGCGCUUCGAGACUUUGCAAAAGAGUUUGACGUGAGCAAAUUGCUUUUGGACGAGCACAGAGACGACUUCAUCAAGCCUUUGCGGGUAAGCGAAAAUGUUGGCGACACAGACGACAUUGGUAAUGGCGGAAAGCCCCAUUGUGCCGAAUCAUCUACAGAUAAAGAACAGCCUUCAUCUCUCUCAGCCCCUGUAAGUUUUCCCGCUCGUGAUCCCACGUCAUUUUUCACUGACCUGCUCUCUUCCGAGAAAGCCGCAGAAGAAAAUGCAGAGUCGGACAAUGUCAAAGUUGAUAAGAAAGUUGUGCGGCAGGACGAAUCCGAUGAUGCUGAUGCCCAAAUUUUCAGUUUAAGUUCAGACAAAGAAGGUGAGGAUGAUGAAACAAACUCGGUGACUGGUGAAGCCAAGGGCAGCCAUCGGCCCAACUUGUCGAUUGCUGACAGUGAUGACAAGGCUCUAAAGAAUGAGGGUGAAGUACUGGAUGCCACCAAGCUGGAACUGUUGCAUAACGAUCAUAUUCCUACCGACCGUAAUGGUGAAGCGGGCGAUUCAAUGCAGGAUGUGGCUGCAGGCUAUCCACAUUCCACAAAAUCUGGUGCAACCGAAACGGGUGAUACCGAUGAACUGCAACCACAGCUGCCCCAAGCUGUCUCGACGGAGACCAGCGCUGAUCCCUUUGAGGAAGAAAGCUCCAAUGACUAUGACCGAGAUGAAGAAGAGUUCGAUGAUGAGAUUGAGGAGUACAUGAGGAACCAAGCUUCUGCAGAUGAUAACUAUGGUAAACCUGUUGAUGAAACUGAGCCUGCUGAGCAACCCGCCGAUCUCAAUUCUUCGGAACCUGUCUCGACAUCACUAGAUGCUGACAAUGGCUCUCAAGAGUCAGUUCAGGCAGUGGUUCACACUUCCGCUGGGAUGGGUGACAGUGGGGUUGUGAAUUCUGCUAAAGCUGAUGGGGCCAAAGACAAUGCCGAAGUAUCAGAGUUUGGUAACCAGGGCAAGGAGAAUCGUGUUCAAGAUGGCUUGGGUGACAGACUUGGCAGCAAUAACACUGACGGUCUCAAUACAUCUGCAAGCAUUACGGUAAAUGCGAUGGCUGGCUGGAAAGCAGAAGUUGAAGAAGUUAUGCUUAACCCUGGAGAAGAGGAGAAUGUGAUGAUUGGUGAUGCAAAUGAGAGUGAAACUAGAACUUCUAGUGGUGUGACUGCACACUCCAUAGGUUUCUUACAACAAGCUCUUCAAGAAGAAUUUGACAAAAAGUCGGCAGUGAAAACAGAAGAUUACGAGCACUGUGUUAAAAAGCCAGCAAAAGAAUUGAAUGGGUGGGUAAUGCUCACGUGCCCGUCACAGCCGUUCACGUCGAGGCUUGCAUUUCGAGGGGAGAUGUUUAACGUUGGGUAGGUCAGUCAGAGUUAAGAGCCAAA